GUGUGAAGUUCGUGGUGUUUGUUGGGUUGGGAAUCGUGAAAUUGAACCAAUUGAACUCGCUUUGCUUUGGUUAGUCUUUCAUGUGAAAUAGGUUGAAGUGAUUUUCUUCUUGUUUUGGGCAUUCAUAUUUAUAGCCUUUUAAACAAUCAAAAUAUAGGAAUGCCAGAGUCUAAAUAGUGUAAAAAUUGGAAACCCGACGGUGUCGAUAAAGUGCGCGGGCGUUGGUUAGAGUGAGACCAAGAGAAAAUCAAUUAUUCCUUCUAGCUGCACAGUAGAUCCUAUCUAAGGUGUUUAUUUUUGCUUUUUAAGGUGACCCUCUUCUGCAAACAUUCCCCGUUGAAAGGCAUUCCAUGGUCGCAAUUUGCCAAAAUCAAUACCAAAAGUGAACAUACGAUCCCAGUAAAGCAAAUGCAGAUAAGACUUUUGUAUGCUUUUGAAUGAAAAUUGGAAAGCAAGUGGAAAAGGUUGACAGUUUAUGAAGUGUGAUCAGCUGAGUUUGAAUUGUUAGCUGCUUGUAGUUCGCGUGUGAGAAAGCUUACUAAAAAACUAAAAUCGUGAAGUGUUUUGAUUGCGUUUGAUUGCUGAUACUAAAACCGUUCAGCGCUGCACUACUGCCGCUUGUUUAUCUAAGAACGAAGAUUGACAUUCGUUGCGAGUGUCUACGAACAGCGGAGAGCAGGUCACCGCACUUGUUCAAACAUAGGCGGUGCUAUAAACCAGCAGUCCAAGCACCAAACGUGGUCCUUCUCCAGACAAGAUGGCUCCAACAACUACAAUCGAAACGGUUACCAUCACUAGGCCACUUAAGGUAAUCGCCUUCAUCUGUGGCGUGAUAGUAAUUGUGCUCAUGAUCCUGGCGCUCACCUCCACUGAUUGGCUGAUGGCGGCAAGCUGGCGUCAAGGUCUGUUUGUGCAUUGCAUUGAGGAUGACUACUCCACGCCUCUGCCGUUUAACUUACAAGACCCGCCUGGCUGCUAUCCAAGCCGCGAUGUCACUUACAUUAAGGCCACCGCUGUCCUUUGCAUCGUCACACUGGUGACCGAUGCUCUGGCGACAAUUUUGACCGGAUUGGGUCUACGAACUCAGGACCACAACCUAAAAUACAAGUUCUACCGAAUUGCUGUGCUGGUUAUGAUGGUGGCACUCAUCUCUUUGCUUGUGGCGCUUAUCCUCUAUCCGGUAUGCUUCGCAGCGGAACUCAACCUAGGCAACCGCCCGGUUUGGGAAUUCGGUUGGGCAUACGGCGUUGGUUGGGGUGCAGCCAUUUUCCUGUUUGGUGGUGUUGUACUUUUACUGUGCGACAAAGAAUCGGAAGAAAUUUACUACAAGGAAAGGAAAAUAGUACACGACGCCUCGAUGCGAGACUAGGCCAGGCCACACGCCCUGCCCGAUGUUGUACUUUAGGCUUUUUAAAACCAAAAAACGAGAAAAUAAUUGUCGUUCAAAAUCCUCUCAAAGAAAAGUGUUAUAGAGAUGAUGUACCAAAAAGAAACUGUGAAAAAGGAAAAUCUAAUGUACUAGAAACCGAACAAAAAAUACCUAAAAAGAUAUUCAGUGUAUUCUCCAGUCAAAUGAAUGUUAAUUGCUAUCGUUGGAGCAUUUCCAAAGCUUUGGCACUCGAUCGAUGAGCGAUAAAUUUUCGUUUUAAAACCAGCAAAUCAUAAUCAAACAAGUCGAUAAGUUCACAUUAUCUUUUCUUGCCAAAUGAUGAUACUGUAUCAGGAAUAAAUCAUCUGUGUGUAGGACGAACAUGUUUAGGCAUAUUCCAACCAGUAAACGAAAGUAGUUUUUUAUUUGAUUCAGGCAAUUUGUCCUUUCAGUUUCGAACACUUUGGAAUACGCAAUGCAAAAAUUUCAGUAAUCCAUCCUGGAUCACUAGCAGGAAUAACCAUACAGGAAAACAGCAAAAGAAGUGCAGAGAAUGAACGCGAUUUUUUGAGAAGUUAUUAAAAAGCUACAAGAAAAGCCGGUAAACAUCAAGAGAGUCACGCAGCUGAGACGAAGCAAAUUGAAGAUCAGAGAAGUUUAACAUCGGAAAUUGUAGAAUAAACAACAGUAAAAGCAACAACGUGACAUGGGCAAGGGUAUGGCGCCGUAAAAAUGCUAAUUCUAGAAUAUACAAGAAAACAUAUUUAUUGAAAGAAUCAAGAUAAUGACACUAUUUAUACAACCAAAUUUUUCAGAAUGGUAACCAUCUGCAAAAGCAAACAAACGAACAGAACACUAAGAAUAAACACAACAAUUUGAAAACUUUUUAUUAGCGAAAUUAUAACUACUUCUACUACAAUUACUAUUGUAAAAUAUUUACUCAAGAAAUCAUUUACUUUUGAAACUGUGUUCUUCGUUUCUUCCAUUUUUUUAUUUUUAACUUUAUUCUAAACAAAAAGCAGAAGGAGCUGUGGUCGUUUUUAUACAAAGCGCAAAUAGUGAAACAAAUUUUCUACUCUAACCACAAAAAAACACAAAACAGGCUAACUUGUAUAAACACAAAACUUUUUCUACCAUCCAAUCUUGAAAUAGCAUUAUACUCCGCACAUUCAUAAAUACAGUUUAACAAAAAAAAAAUACUCCAUAUCGUACGGUUACUACCAAUACAUAUAAACGAGUAGAAAACUGUUGACUGCCUUCUUCUGCAAUUGAAACAAAUCGUAAAAAUAAUUGACACAAAGUUAAGUUUUUUUCGAAUCUCUUUUUCACAUUGGAUCUGUAGCAAUAAACAAUACUCAAUGUAUAUUAAUUUGAAAUCUCAAAGUAUGUUUUUAACAAAAAAAAAAACUAUUAUCCCCAAUGGCAUUAAAUAUUUAAACGUGAGUCAAACAGCUUGACUCUGCGGCGUCUCACCUAAAAACAAACUGAAAGUCAUAUCCACACGUUUAACAAAUAGACCAAUCUCUUCCUAAACCGACUGUUACUACUAAAAGAACAAACAGCAAAGCAAAGUCUACAUUAGCAAAGACGGCUAACAUCAAAACGAAACCGAAUGCAGCAUUUUAUAAGUUUUUUUUUCUUCUUUAGAUUAUAUCUUUGUCAUUUCUGUAAUUAUGAUUAUUUUGUCUGCCCUAUUCAGAUACUAUUCUUAACGUCUUGUAGUAACAUAUGCGAAUUGAGUAAAAUUAUGAACGAAUUGAUCGGGAGAAUUUGUCAAUUGUGUAAAUACAUAGGUACCGUCACACUAAAUUAUAUGUAAUUAUUAUCAAUUGAAUAAAAGAUUUUGC